AUGGAACCUUCAUUUAGUAAUGUACAAGCUGAAGGACAGACAUUUCAGAAUAUAAAAGUAGCUCGUCAUCAGUCCUGCGUCCAUCAGAGUCAGUCUCCUGGAGCGGUUUCACACCUUGUAGCAUCAGCUUCAUCUCCUUCUUUGUUGUCAGGAUGUAGCGAUUCCUCCACACCAACAGGAGCUAGCAUAGAGAAGCACAUUCAUGCACACCAUGUCCAGGUUACAGAUGCUCCAUUACUGUGUCAAACAGAAGUGGCUUCCAAUCAGACGUCUUUCCCAUCAUCACCGUUACCCUUGCCUGAAGGAGAUCCCCCGGCUUCUGUCUUUUUGACCCCAUCCUCAUCUCGUCACUCACAUGGCAGACCAGUCAGUGCACCUCCUCACCAUUUAGAAAGGAUAUCAGGGAUGUUACUGAGACUUGUGGGUGACCAUUAUUUGUGUACAACAUGUGGCAGGCAGCUGCGUGGCAUUGGUGAUGAACUUACUCUCGAGACAAGUCUUCAUCGUAUUCUCAGCUCUCAUGAUCUCAGUGAUAUAGCCAGAUUUACAGAUAGUUAG